AUGAUUUAUAAAAUAUACGAUAAUAAAAAUUCACAAACCUCAUUACAAUCGACCGCAACAACCUCAUCAUCGGAUACCGACAGAUUGGAUUAUCAUAAUUCCUUAGAUCCUGAAUCUGACUUCAAUUACAAAGUAAAUGAAUUAUUACAAUUAAAAAUUGAUAAAGAUAUUGAAGAUAAAUAUUGGAUUUUAAAUACAAAAUUACAAGAUCAAACAAAUUUACAAAUUCCUUCUUAUUAUUAUUCACAAGAUGAAUCAAAGCCAAUUUUACAACCAUUUGAUCCAAGAUUUACAUUAUCAAUGUAUUAUUAUUACAUAAAUAAACAAUUAACUUUAAAUAAAAAAAUUGAAACAUCAAAAGCCACUUUAUCAUCAUUUGAAGAAAAUCAGAAUUCACUUAGUUUAAAAAUUCCAUUUAAUUGGUAUGAUUGGAUAGAAAUGUCAAUAUUAGAUAAAUUUAUAUUAGCACCAGAUUCAAUAAAACCAAAUUGUUCUAUAUUAAGUGCUGAAUUAGAUCAUAAAAUUGUACAAGAACAAAAAUUAAAUAUUACUACUUUAGAAAAAGAAUGGAAUGAAGCUAAAAAAAAAGAGGAAGAAGAUAAGAAAAAUGCUGAAGAAGCUAAAAAGAAAGAAGAAGAAGAACAAAAGAAAAAAGAAGAAGAAGAGAAGAAACAAAAAGAGGAAGAGGAGAAGAAACAAAAAAAGGAGGAAGAAAGGAAACAAAAGGAGGAAGAAGAAAGAAGACAAAAAGAAGAAGAAGCCAAGAAUCAACAAUUCCAACCUCAAUCUGAAACAAAGAACGAACCACAAGACAAUCAAAAGCAACAAGAAGAAACCGGAUCUGAAGAUAAUAAUCCCGAAGAAAAUAAAGAUCAAAAUAAUGAAAAUUCAAAUCAAGUUGAACAACCCCCUAAAUUAAAAAGACAAUUAAGCAAAAGAGAAGAAGAAUUUAUAAAAUUAUUAAAAGAUGUAAAACCAGUUGAAGAAUGGUGUAUUCCUAAUUCAAAAUUACCAGAUAAUCAUAAUGAUGGUCAUAAUAAUCAUCAUCCAGGUUUCAAUGUUUUUAAAAUGCCAGGUAGAACAGCAAAUGAAAAAGGUAAGAUCAUUGGAAAAUCAUAUAUGUAUUCAUUUGCACCACCUCCAUCUUCAAUUAUUUUUUUAACUGAUUCUGGUUCAUAUACUGUUGAUAUUGAUCUGAAUUCAGGCUUAUUAAAUAAUGAGAUACCUGAAAAUUAUGUUUUAGAUACAAGUUCAAAAGAAAUUGAUAUAUUAAAAGAAUUUAAUAAAUUAUUAAAAAAUCAUAAACCAAAUACUAAUCAAGUAAUGAAUGAAUAUAGUUAUACUGUUCCAGCAUCUGAUUUUCAUGUUGAUUGUAAUUCAAUUAUUAAUGAUUAUGAAAAAAAAAUCUCAAAAGGUUAUUCCCUAACACGAAAAGAACAAAAUUAUUAUAAUAGUUUAAAAUAUUCAAUUUAUAAAGUUGAAAAUGGUGGACCAACAAAAUAUUUUGAUGAAGCAAGAUUAUUAGGAACAUCACAUGGUGAUCAUUAUGAUUGGAGAUUUUUUAAUGGUAUUAGAUUAGGAUCAACUGAACAAUUAUUAACAUUACAUAGAUUAGUACGAGCUUGGUCAAGUUUUACAAGAAAAAAUGGUAUAAAUACUUGGAUAGCUCAUGGUUCUUUAUUGAGUUGGUAUUGGAAUGGUAUAGCAUUUCCAUGGGAUAAUGAUAUUGAUGUUCAAAUGCCUAUAAUGGAUUUACAUAAAUUAUCACUUAAUUUUAAUCAAACUUUAAUUGUUGAAGAUCCAAAAGAUGGAUUUGGUAGAUAUUUUGUUGAUUGUGGUACAUUUUUAAGUUUAAGAGAAAAAGGUAAUGGAUUAAAUAAUAUAGAUGCAAGAUUUAUUGAUAUUGAUACAGGAAUGUAUAUUGAUAUAACUGCAUUAUCUAUAUCAAAUACAAAACCACCAGAUUAUUAUUUAGAAACAUUACCAACAGAUUUCAAAAAAGAUGAUAAAAAUUGGAUUCCAACAAAUGAAAAAUUACAAAUUUAUAAUUGUAGAAAUAAUCAUUUUACUCCUUUGGAAGAUAUAUCACCAUUAAUUAAAACAAUAGUUGAAGGAGAAUUUGCUUAUAUUCCAAAAAGACUUUCAAAUAUUUUAUCAACUGAAUAUAAACAUGGAUUAUCAUCUGAUAAUUUUGAAAAACAUGUAUUUAUACCAAAAUUAAGAUUAUGGAUUAAAGAAGAAGAUUUAUAUUAUUUUUUAAAAGAUCGUCAAAAAUGGAUAAAUUAUCAUACUUCUACUUCUAAUUUAAAAGAUUCUUAUGAAUUAACUAAAGAAGAAAUUUCCCAAUUAAAUAAAGAUAAAAAUCCAUAUACAAAUCAUUAUUUAUUUAAAUUAACAAAACAACAAUUAGAUAAAAUUUCUAAUUUUGAUUAUAAUGAUGUAUUAGACUUAUUAUUAAAAGAUGAUAUUAUGAUAAAUUAUUUAUUAACAAGAGAUUUUACAGCAUUUCAUGAACAAGAGAUAAUGAAAUUAACUUGGGGUAAAACAACAAAUUCACUAAUUCAAAAACAAAUUGAUUUUAAUCCUUUAAAAUUUGAACCAUUUUUAUAUAAUUUAAAAAUGGAAUUUGAAACUUUCGAAAAUAAAGUCUAUAAUUUAAAAGAAUUGGAAUCAUAUUAUAAAUCUGAUAUUGAAUUUAAUCCAUUUGAAGUUAAAGAAACUACAUACGAUUUAUAA